ACUCCAACCCCUCAUUCCAACAGCACAAGCAUCGACUCAGUUCUUUCACUACUCUGCAAGUCCAGUACUACACACGCACACAGCGACCACAAAUCAGUUUCCAUUCCCGACCAACCCAGCAAGAAGAAGGAAGGAGAAGAGAUGGCCGGUGCAGCGAAGGCGUCUUGGAUGGUGGCGAUGAGCGUCGGCGCUGUGGAGGCGCUCAAGGAUCAGGCCGGACUCUGCCGCUGGAACUACGCGCUCAGGUCCAUCCACCGGGCCGCCAAGGCCAAGGCCAGCGCCCGCGCCGCCGUCUCCCAGGGCAAGAAGCAGCUUCCGGCAUCCGCGGCGGCGGUGGCGGAGAGGCGACGAGCGGAGAAGGCCGAGGAGGGGUUGAGGACCGUCAUGUACCUCAGCUGCUGGGGUCCCAAUUAGUAGCAACAUCAGCUAGCUACCUGUGUUUCCUUGCAGCAAUGGCCUGAACUCAGUUUUUGCCGGUGUCCCCCCAUUGUAACAUACCACGAUGAUGAUGAUGAAACUUUCAGUCACUUGACUUGAGUUUACCAUUUC